AUGGAUGACAUCCUCAUUACAUGUAACAACCCGCUCGCUAUUGCUAGUCUUAUACAAAAUCUCAAAACUGAAGUUCAGCAAGCUUAUUUCGGUUUCAUAGCAGCCAGCGUUGCUCAAUUGUGUUUAAAAAAUCCAACUGUUCGAAAUCGAUUGGGUUUGCCUAAUUUAAUGGAGGCGGCAACCAGAGAUAAAGAGAAUGAUGGUGCAGCAGCGUCGGAGAUCCUAAUACCUAUAGAAGCUGUACCUCCUAAAAAACUGCUUGAGCUUGCUCUUAAAUACAUGGCGAGUGGUGAUCAAGAUAAAGCUCUAAUUUUGUUGCGAAAAACAAUUGAAAAAGAUCCAGAACAAGUACAAGCUUUGGUCGCCAUAGGACAGAUUCUGUGCUCUAAGAAGUUAUUUGAAGAAGCAGCUGAAAAUUUCGAGCUCGCCAUCCCAAAGCUCUCAUACAUCAAAGAAGAGGAGAUUGGUCUUCUUGUUCUUUCACUUUUUGGGGCUGGAGUUUCAAGGAUAUGGCAGGGAAGAAACUCAGAUGGAAUAGAGCACUUGAAGAAGAUUGCAGAGUUGAGGGAGCCAGAUGGUCCCAUGGAUAAAGCCUGCUAUUAUAGGGGUUUGGUGAUGCUGGGAAGCACUUUAUUCCAAUUGGGUGAAAAGUCCGAGGCUGCAAAGUAUUUGAAAAUAGCAGCGACCUAUGAUCCAGGUGUUGAAGCUUAUCUCAAAGAAUGUGAAGGAUAG